UGUCAGACUCCAAUAUCAAUUUCCACAACCUUGUCAACACCCUCAUCACAAACAACUCUAACAGAUAUAUUUGAGCUAAAAAAUAAAAGCUAACAUGAGCAGUACUUAUGCCAACAUGAAAAUAUUAUCUAGGUGGUUGAAAACCAAGAACAUCAUUUGUGCUUCAAACGCACAACAAAGAAGCCUGGCUAAGAAAUGGUCAUGUGAUGAUCUUAUUAUUGAAAAAGCUCAAUUUAUGGUUGAAAAAAAGGAGUCCAAAGGUUCUUUUGAAAUAAAAGAAUUGCCAUGUGCUUAUAUUAACAAUCUGCAUGGACAUAUAAUAAAUGUGCUAGAUAGAUUAGAAAGCAACAACUUACUAUUGAACAAAAAGAUUAAAGGCAAUGAAAUCCAUAUAAAAAUAGGAGGCGACCAUGGAGGUGGCUCGUUCAAAAUGUGUUACCAAGUAGUGAAUGUAGAGAAACCUAAUGCAAAAACAAACACAACUGUCUUUAACAUAUUUGAAGCAAGUGAUUGUAAAACAAAUCUGAAGUUUUCACUGUCAAGAUUUAAAUCAGAAAUCGAUUUGUUGCAAAAUACCAUUUGGAGAGAAAAACAGAUUCGUGUAUUUUUAUUUGGUGAUUACAAAUUCUUGUGUGCAAUCUAUGGAAUAACUGGUGCAACUGGUAGACACCCAUGCCUGUUUUGCAACAUCACAAGACAAGGAAUGUCAACUCCAAUUAAGGACAACAUUGAAAUGCGAUCACUUGAGACACUAGAUUCACAUUUAGAAAAAUAUAAAAAUCAUGGUUCAGAUCCCAAGUUUGCCAAGCUAUGUGAUAAUGUUAUUGACCAAAGGUUAUUUAAUGUGCCACUUGAUCAGAUCGGAAUUCCAGCAUUACACAUCUCACUUGGUACGUAUUUAAAAUUCUUCAACAUGUUAGAAGACUCUUGUCAUACAAUUGAUGUCAAAAUUGCAGGUCGAAUGGCAGUAAAUAACCAAACACUUGAAGACUGUGAAGAGUUUAACAAAUAUAUUGAGAAGCAGCGUCAAAUAAAACAACUUCAGAUAAGUAUUCAGGAUCUUGAAAAUAAAACACGUAUCAUAACAGAAGCACUUGAAACUCACAUAUUAUCUAACCCUGAAAAUGAAGAAUAUAUAAAGUUAGUAUUUGAACCACGCAUAAUUCACUUUGAAGAGAAAAAAAAAGAAAAGAUCUCAGAAUUGGAAAUAAUGAAAGAAACUGACCAUGUAAAGAUGUCAUUUGGUCCACUAGUAAAUAAACUCGACGAGGUACUUAAUUUGUUAGGAGUGCAAAGACAAGCAUACCAUGGAAAAAGUUUUGUUGGUAACCAUGUUAACAAAAUGUUAAAGAUGAAAAGUAUCCUCGAACUAUGCAACUCAAUACCAUAGCUCGUAGUCGAACUUGGGUUCAAGGAUACUGACAUACAUAAAGAAACUAUUGAACUUUGUCAGAACUUUAAAGUCCUAUUUGAUAAGUUUGGGGUUUGCCACAAGCUUAUUAACUCCUGCAAGCAGUUCAAUGAAGAAAACAUUCAAAAUCUUGGUAU